AUGGCUCGGCUGAAGAGUCAUACUUUAAAGAAAUCAAGGAAGUCAAAGGAAAAAGCUACAUUAUUUGUUGUUGUUUCAGAAGAUAUUUUUACUAGAAUCAUGCACCAAAACUUGGCAUUUGAAGUUUGGAAUUUCCUUAAAACUGAAUAUGAAGGAGAUGACAAAGAUAAAGGUGACGGUGAUAGGUUUUUUGUGGUAUCCUUAUAUGUGGAUGAUCUCUUAGUCGCUGGCAGCAACAUUGAGCUUAUUCAACAAUUCAAAGAAGACAUGAUGCGAGUCUUUGAGAUGACUGGUCUUGGAAAAAUGUCUUAUUUCCUUGGAAUAGAAAUCAAGCAGAGACAAAAUGAAAUAUUCAUUUGUCAACAAAAGUAUGCAGAUGAGAUUCUAAAGAAGUUCUGCAUGGAUAACUGUAAGAGUAUGAGCACUCCUAUGUGUCACAAAGGGAAAUUGUGCAAGGAUAAUGGAACAACUAAAGUGAAUGAGUCCGAAUAUAGAAGCUUGGUUGGCUGCUUGAUGUAUCUAACAACAACAAGGCCAGAUAUUAUGUAUGUUGUAAGUGUUCUUUCAAGAUUUAUAAAUUGUGCUAAUGAGUCUCAUCUUAGAGCUGCAAAAAGAGUUCUCAGAUAUGUCAAGGGAACUGUAAGCUUUGGUGUUAAGUUUUGUUUGGCACCAAGCUUUGAGUUGCAAGGUUAUUCUGAUAGUGGCUGGGUCGGGUCUUUAAAUGACAUGAAAAGCACUUCCGGUUUUUGUUUCAACUUCAUAGGAAUAUUUACUUGGAGUUCAAAGAAGCAAGAAAUUGUGGCUCAAUAA